AUGAGAUUUGAAGGUUUAUUGACGGUGUUUUACAUGCUCACUGUAAGUCUUGGAGCCAUAGUAGGAAUUGAUCUUGGUGAAAAAUUCACCAAAUCAGUUAUCUUAGCACCAGGUGCUUCAUAUGAAAUUCUCUUGACUGAGGAAGCAAGGAGGAAAGAUUUAACAGGUUUAAGUAUAAGGUCAAGUAGUAAAGAUGAUUUGGAAAGAGUUUUCGGAUCAGCUGCCAAUAGUUUAUGUAUAAGAUUCCCACAAAAUUGUAUUACUGGUAUUAAAUCAAUUUUAGGUAAAUCAAUUGAUGAUUUAGAAACAACAGAAUAUUUGAAGAAUCACUACGGAGUGAAAUUAUUGGAAAAUGAUGAUAAUGGUGGUAUCAAGAUCGAUUUAGGGUUAGCUAAUCAAUCCUACCAAUUUUCAGUUGAAGAAAUUUUAGCUAUGAAUCUCAAAGAUAUUAAACAAAGAGCUGUGAAAGCUUUACAUGAAAAUCCUCAUGCCCAAGCUAUUGCUGAUGAUGUCACUGUAUCCAUCAACGGGUUUGCAUCUCAAGCUCAAAGACAAAGUUAUUUAAAUGCCUUGGAAUUAGCUGAAUAUUCUAAUAUUUUAGGUUUGGUUGAUGAUGGUACUUCAGUAGCUAUUAAUUUCUUGACCAAAUUGAACUUUGAUCAAAAAGAUUUCAAUGAUGUAAAGAAAUAUUACAUGGUGUAUGACAUGGGAGCUGGAUCAACCAAAGCCACUUUAUUCUCCAUAACAGCAUUUUCUAAUAUGACUAAAGUCUUAGAAUUGCAAAAUAUCGGUUAUGAUUCAACAUUUGGUGGUGAUUUCUUAACUCAAUCCAUUUAUACUUUGAUUUUCGAAAAGUUAUCAUCACAAUUCAAGUUUGACGAAUCAAAAGAAUUGAAUGCCAGAACCAAUGCUAGAUUAUUGGAAGCUGCCGAGAAGGCCAAGACCAUUUUAAGUGCCAAUAGUGAUUAUCGUGUCAGCUUAGAAUCCGUCAUUGAUGAUGAAGACUUCAAAACCACUAUUUCAAGACAAGAAUUUGAAGAUAUUAAUAGUGAUAAUAUGGCUAGAAUUACUAAACCAAUUUUAGAUGCUUUGAAAGAAUCUGAACUUUCAGUUGAAGAUUUAGAAUCUGUGGUAUUAACUGGUGGAUCUUCAAGAGUUCCAUUUGUUCAAAGACAUUUGGUAUCACUUUUAACUGAAGAUAAAAUCAGUAAAACUGUUAAUGCUGAUGAAAGUUGUGCCAUUGGUACCACUGUUAAAGGUUUUAAAUUGAAGAAUAAAUUGAGUAAUUCCAUCAAUAAGGAUUUUGAAAUCAUUGAAAAGAAUUAUCAUAAUUUGGAAAUCAUCGUCAAUGAAGAAGAAUCAUCAAUUUUCCCUAAAUUUUCAACCAUCGAUCAAACUAAAAAAGUUUCCUUAGGUGAAUUAGUUGACGAUUUGAAUAUUGAAAUGUAUGAGGAUGGGAAAUUAAUCAAAAGUUACAAAGUUGAUGGAAUCUUAGAUAAGACUAAAUCUUUGACUUGUAACAAUGAUAAAUCUUACACCAAAGAAAUCUUUGCUUCAUUCGAAGUUGAUUCCAACAAGCUUUUCAAUUUAAAGAAAUUAGAAGCUGAAUGUGUUAAGAAAUCAGGAUUUUUCAAGAAUUUAUUGAAGAAAGAUGAAGUUGAGGAGGAAGAAAUUGAAGUGGAUGAAGAUGAAUCAGUUGAAGCUAAGAAUUCAACUACUAAAGAAAAGAAAUCUAUCAAGGUUUUAAGACCAGUGCAAAUCAGUUUGUCAAGACCAAUUUAUCCUUCAGUCAAACCUAUGAGUAAACCAUUGAAACAAAGAUUGGUUUCUAAGUUGAAUUAUUUAGACUCUCGUGAUGAGUUGAAGAUCAAACUUGAUAACAUCAAGAAUAAGUUGGAAAGUGAAUGUUACAGUUUACGUAAUUACAUUCAAGACAACGAAUUGGAAAUCGAUACUGAACCUAUUGAAUCAAUGGUUUCUGAAUUCAUUGAAUGGUUGGACUUUGAAAGUGACGAUGCAACUAUGGAAGAUUUCGAAGAAAAAUUAUCCAUUAUUAAGUCCAAAAGAGAUGAAAUCGAUAAACACAACAAAAUCCAGGAAACUGAUUUAUCCAAAGAAGGAUUACAAAAACUUUAUGAAGACGGUUCAAAUAUGAUCAUGAAGAUCCAAAAUAGAAUGUUAGACUUUGGUAGUGAAAUCAGUGCUAUCAGACAGAAAUAUGUUGCUGAAAACUUUGAUUUCGAUAAAGAAAAUGACAGAGCAAAAGCUAAGUUAAUGAAUAGAGGUGAUGAUAAACUUUUAACUUUAGACAAAACUUUAGAUUCUUAUAAACAAAAGUUGACAGAUUUAUCAACCAUUCUUGAAAGUAAAACCUUUGAUUCCAUUCCAAAAAUUGAUUUAUUGGAAAGAUUCGAAUCUAUUUCUGAUAGUAUUGUCGAUAUGUUAGCCGAUUUGUUGAUUGUUGAACAAAGUCACAAGGGAAGACUUUCAAUUUUUGAAAAUAAACUUCAAAAAUUAAUUAGUAGAAGACAAAAGGAAGAAGAAAAACAAAAGUUGAAGGAUAAGAAAGCCGCUGAGGCCGAGGUUGAAGCUGAGGCUGAUGCUGAAGAACAAGUCGAUGCCGAAGUUGAAACAAAUGAAUCUGUCGAAGAACCACAAGAAAUCGACCACGAUGAAUUAUAA